AGUAUGAGCUUGUUAAUCUUCCACCUGCGUGCAUACACAGAAUGCUGUAUUGGUAAUAUUACUGACUAAUAUCAGAAUUGGCAUCUUAUAUCAGUUUUCACAAUCCUUUCAAUUAAAAAAAGGAUGAACCAAUUUUAUUGUAAGAAGUCUUCAUCGUGUACUAUAUGCACAAAGACUGAAUCAGUCAGUGAUGAAGAGAAGGGAAUUCUUCAUGCAGGCAGAGGAUCAAGUGAGAAAGAUCUCCUCUGAUCUGAGGCGUGAGAUCGUUGAUCUGGGGGGUGCAGAGAACAUUAUUGAGCUGCGUAUGAAGAAGAAGAUCAGGAACAAGACCGCAGCUCCCAAAGACCCAAUGGAUGUUCCUGUGGUGAGAAAAAACCAUGGACUUGUGGAACAGGAUGAGUUUUUAAAAGCAGCAGCUCAGGGAAAGAUGGAAGUAGUUGAGAAAUUUCUGGAAGAUGGAGGAGAUACAAACAUCUGUGAUAAGUUCAAGAAAACAGCGCUGCAUCUGGCUGCUUUGGAAAAUCAUGCUAAAAUAGUGGAAAAAUUACUGGACAAAGGUGCUGAUAUCAACUUUAAAGACAGGCUGGACUGCAGGGCUGUACAUUGGGCUUGCAGAGGUGGAAGUCUCUCAGCACUGAAAGUUCUUCAGGACAGGGGAGCUGGCAUCAAUGCCAGAGACAAACUGCUUAGCUCACCUUUGCAUGUGGCCACACGGACAGGUCACAGUCACGUGGUCCAACAUCUUCUAACCAGUGGAAUCAAUAUUAAUGCCAAAGAUUGGGAAGGAGACACGGCACUGCAUGAUGCUGUCAGAUUAAAUCGGUAUAAAAUUGUUAAACUCCUUAUACUGGCAGGAGCCGAUAUGCAGAUCAAGAAUGCUGAGGGCAUUACAGCCACAGAACAGGUGAAGCAAUGGCAGUUUGACACAAAGGAGACACUGGAUAAACUAGAACAGAUGAGAGAGGUUGGUCUGGCCUGACAGACACAUGGAGAUGCAUUGGAUUCAUUAGAGCAUCUGUG